AUGCGCCAACCCAUGAGCUUCAGAUCAGCCUUUGCGCUGGCUAAGAAGCAGGAGGUGGAUGACCAGCUCGACGACGACGAUACCUUUAGCAUUAAACACGCCUUUAACAUAGCCAGUGCCGAGAUGAACGGACGUAUUGACGGCUCCCCUAGUCCUGCUCCACGAAAAUCUCAACUAGGGCGUCAAUCAUACGGCGCCCUUCCGCGAAAAACAGCGACAAGUAGUCCGAACACCGACCUAGGGCGUCAUCUCCAACGAUUUGACCGAAACCACCAACUUAGCACAGGUAACGGGCCACUUAACGGGUUGUUUGGCAAAACUCGAGUAAGGCCCAAUGUACCAGAAGCUGGCAACGGCCUAGCUAAGAGAAUAAGCGAUGGUAAUCUCAGAGGUUCUCCAGUGCGUCGCAGAGAAAGCCAGUGGGAACCUAGGUUAGGAAAAGAAGAUCCUGCCAACGCGCCUGUUCCUAUCCCGUCAAUCGAGUAUGAAUCCGCUAGCGAUGACCGAGCUUCUCCUAUCGACGAACUUGCCACUCGAUCACCCGAAAAAAGCUUUAAUUGGCAUCUAAACGCCGAUUUUACGGCGGGAGAUCUCCAAGUUUCUGAUAGUCCUCGCAUUCGGGCCGGUCAGUCUAACGAACGACCUACCCGACGGCCACCAAGUGUGACAAGUUCUCCGGUUAGGAGUACACCCAAUACGCGUCGCAGCAAUAAUCGGAUCGAUCAAAUUCGGCAGAAAGAAAUUGAGGUUGCAAAUGUUGUUUUGCCGGAAGAAGAUAUAUCUUCAUCUAUGCGAACAAACAGUCGACUCGACGAAAUAAGGGCACGAGAAAGAGAAGCGUUAUCUAAACGGGUGAUGGCUUCGAGUAGGCUUGAAGAAAUCCGAAUAAGGAAUUCCGAGGCGCGUUUGGAAUCACCGGAGACCGGAAGGAACCCCUACAGAGAAGAUUUACGCAGGACUUCACUCCAGGCCGAAGAGAUCACAAAGACGCCAGAUGGAAAGCUAGGAUCAGGGGCGAAAGAAGAUCACGUUUUAAACAUCCCUGUCACUACUUCCCGGAGCCCAAAUAACCAGAAAUUCAACGAGCCUCCGGAAGAGACGGGGAAAGAAGAUGAAACUAAGGUGGAAGAGGAUAGAAAGAGUGUCAGACUCCCACGAAAUGAUUCACAGGACUUACUUUGGCGUCUCGCGCGGGCAACAAGUACCAGCCCGCCUGCCGAGAAGAUCCAACAACCUGUCAUUCCUGAUAAUACUCUACCAAAGGUAUCAUCUGAGAGUAGGGAAAGCAGUCGCCCACGUCCAACACGAGAGGAAAGGAAACCUAGGAAUCUGGAAGUUAAGAGCUUCAGAGAAAGGCCAACAGUUGGAUUCACAGGCUUGCCAAGGGAUUCGUCUAUUGACUCUGUUCGAGAAAAAAAAACCAGUCGUUCCGGUUCUGAAGUAGAUCCUACGGACCGUAUCGAAGCCGAAAUGAAACUGUUCGCACCGCUCGACAAUUACUCCGAGAAGGGCUCCGUCCGAGCGCCGUCGCCCAUUCCGCCAGAGCCAAUCGAUGAAGAGACGCCACGCCCAAGUAAGAUUGACCCAUUGACACAACCGACCCCGCGCGUCACCGGAGCGUAUAUUGAAACACCGGCCACCGUUAGAGUUAAGCGAGAGGAACGCCUAGAGGAUAUAAAGGCGUUAGGUGACCCCAAUCGACCUUUGAAGAUAGAUUCCGAAGUUCGUGGUAGGAGCUCUAGCGACCCCUCGAACGUCGGUCACAUUAAAUCUGAGGAUGAUGAUACUCAAGAUUUGAAAAAGGCAUCAAUGCCGCGAUCUUUUUCGGUUCCUGCGGCUUCUCGUCGCGCUAGAUCUGCUUCCAGACGCCGUCGGCCUCGUCGUCCUCUGAUUAAUACUGCUAAACCACCGUCGGUCAAAGACGACAUUCGCGCCAUACUGCGUACGAAUCAAAUAGACGAUUCCACACUUGAAGAUUCCGACACGAUUCUUGCCGACCAGGAAAUUGAUGAUGAUGAACUCGAGAAAAUGGUGAACGACACCAUGAACAAGAUUGACAAUGAUCUUGAAUUUCCAGAACUCUCGGAACGGGAUCGUGAGCUUCAGGUUUACGAUAGGAUGAGCAAGUCGCUAAAGACCGGUCUUCUAGGCAUUCGAUCCGCGAAGAAAGGGAUCGAACGCCUAGAAGAUAGGGUUAUGCAUACCGAGCACAAGAAAGGUCCGGAUCAUACUAUUCCAACUAUCCCCAAUCCCAAAUCCGAAACGACUAUAUCCGUUCCUAACCCCGCCCCCGUUAUACUCUCCAUCCCUGCCCUGUACCAAAAAUCUCCUAAAUUCAGACUCACGAAGUUGGGCUUAUUGACACUUGUCAUGCUCAUAUGGUACGUUUUCGAGUCGGCUUUCUGUGUCCUAUACACGCCUCAUUACGACUGUACACCAGAGUUACCAUGUGAUUGGUCACCAAACGAGCCAUACUUUCCAUACGCGAUGCCUUUCAUGCUAGAUGAAUGGGCCACAGGCGGCAAAGGAAGAGCGUUUACAUGGAAGGUUGGCGAAGAAAUUGGAGAUAUGGUUGCUGAUGUCUCGGACUGGAUUACAAAAACAGAUUUUACACAAUUUGACGAAAGAUUUAUGAAUGUCUGGGAGCGCAAGAGACAUAGGAGACGACUACGUAAGCAUGGCUUAAUUCCUAAAUGGGUGGCACCUCCUGAUUAUAAACCCAAAUAUGCAGAGUGGAAUGCUGCACGGUUGGCCAGGGAAGCUGCUGAAGAAGAUGGAUAUGAAGUAGAAGAUGAGACCAUGAGCGCAGACGAAAGGGUUAGGUGA